UAAUUACCUAUUUUUGAAAUGCAAUUUAGCUUCAUAGAGAUGUAAAUAAUGACCGUUUAAUAUAAAUUUUAAAUUGACCAUUGACAAUUAAAGUCUAUCGGGGUUUGUCAACUUUAGCUUAGUCUUUGGUGUUUCGGUUGAAGAAGAUACCAAUUUUUUAGAUUUUGAACCCAAUCGUACAUUGUUUUUGCACUUAUUUCAUUUAUGUAGAAGCCGUUUCAUAUUGGUUGAUUUAUUUUCAUAAAAAGUGGUAAUUAAAUGAAUUAAAAGAUUCCUACAACGGAAAUUUGCACUUUGCAUAUUUGUGAUCAAGUGUCCCGUGUUUAUUCCUCAUGCUGUGAUAUUUCGACAUCAGUUCUGUUCUACAAUGGACAUCGACGUUAGUAAAGAGAAUAUUCAGCCGUUGAGAGGCGGUAGAAACCUCGUACAACUGGGAGCAGCUCUUCAAGCGCAAUCAGAUGUUGAUGCUCAAAAACAGCUGCAACAGCAAAAAGAAGAACAUGAAGCAGCUAUUAGACACUACCAGGGUCCUGACCCUCUUGAUCCAUGGUUUAACUAUAUUCAAUGGGUAGAACAAUCUUUCCCUAAACAUGGCCAUGAAGGCAAUAUUGAUAAGCUUAUAAAAGACUGUUUGCAGUUAUUUGAGAAAGAUGAGAAAUAUUUUCAAGAUAGAAGACUUGUGAAGUUGUGGAUCAAAUAUGUUGAUUGUCUAUCUAAUCCCUUGGAGAUAUAUCAAAGAUUGUAUAAUACUGGCAUAGGUGUAGAAUGUUCAGAAUUUUAUAGAGCAUGGGCUUGUUAUUGUGAAGAAUCAGGUGAUUAUAAAAAAGCAAACCAGGUUUAUAUGCUUGGACUUCAAGCUAAAGCUCAGCCUAUAGAUGAGUUGGAACAGGCACACAUGAAUUUUCAGUUAUUUUUUGCUCAAAGAAUGUUACAUGACGAUUCGCCAACCAAAAGGAAGGCAGCUUCAGCUUUGGCUGAGACUAGAAUGGCUUUGACAUCUCUCAAGUCAUUCAAAAGGCGCAACAUAGCCAAUGUGCCUGUUCAAAGGAUUGGUGAGAGCAUUAAAAGCACAAUACCUGGUGUUGUAAAGCAACAAUUAAAUCAGUUUGAUGCUAGAAUGCCUAACUCCAAUAUUAUGGUUAAUGUUUUUGAGGAUGCACCAUCAACUUCACAUGCCAUUCCUGUUGCGGAGAAUCCUGGUCCAGCUUCAUUAGUUCAGGCGUGUAGUAAUGUUGAGAAUGAAAAGGAAGUUGGGAUAUGGACUAAUCCCAAGACUAAAAUGGUUCAUACAAAUCUAGUACCUCACCAGCCUCUACCUUUUACUCCAUAUGAAGAUGCAGAUGAUGUGCUAAGACUUCCUGCUAACCAUAUGUCGCAUUGUCCAGACGAUUUAUCAUUUAAUGUGCCUCUUUGUGUACCUGAUCCACCAGAUCCUACGAAAAUACCUUGUUACAAUAAGUCCCAGGUUUAUGUCGCUGACCAAGAAUACAGUCUAGAAGAAAUCAGGUCCAGGAAAUACAAUUUGAUUAAGAAAGUUAAGACUGAUUAUCCUUCCGAGACAAAAUGUCCACAAUCUUACCAUAAUAUAAAUGAAACUCUCGCUCAGUGCAGUGCACUGGAAACACUAGCAAAUUGUGCUUUAGAUUCAGAACAGGAUCAUUUAGGGCAACUUAUGCCAUUAUCUAUUCCGACUUUGCAAAACAUUACGAAAGUCACAAAUAUGCAUUCUCCUGGAGAGCCUAAAGUUUUGGUAAAUUUGGAUUCAAAAGAAUUCAGUGUAAAAAAAAGUGACGAAAAUCAGCAACCUUCUGAAAAUAAUUCAGACAAAGAGAACAAUAUUGCAAAAUUUGCACCUGACUACAAUAAUGAAAAUGGCGCAGAAAAUUAUGCUAAAAAUAAUCUUAUGGAAGAAUUUAAUAGGAGUUUGAUGGGAAACCUUCUAGGUGAUUCUGUUACUGUUAAUACAAAAGAAGCGCGAUGGGAACUGCGAAACCUAUUCAAUGACAAUGGUUUUUCAGAACCAUCGAUAGUUCAACCUGUCGUACAACAGUUUGAAGUUCCUAACUUUGAUAUACAUGAAGAUCGAUCAAUUACGAUGGCUAUUAAUACUAAUAAAAAGCAAGAAGCCCAAAAUGUCAGGGUUUUGCCUGAAGAAAAAGAAAACGCUAAUAAAUUCUCUGUUCCUGUCGCAGCACCUCGACAAAGUGUUAAUAGAACAGGGUAUUAUGAAGAGCCAUCCUGCACCCAAGUAUUCAACUUCAAUAUAAAAGAUGCUAGUACUCCUAAUAUGUCACAGUUUAAAAAGCCGACUUCUAUAGAUCAAUCUAAAUAUCCUAAUGUACCAAAGUUCAGUAUAGAUGAAAGUGUUAUUGACCAUGUAGAACAUGGUGCUGUCAAAAAGGAGGAUAGCAUUAGGCAGCUUAAUACAGAUCAACAUGCCACAGUGGAUAACCAGGGAGGAGGGCUCUCUGUAAUAAUGGAAGCUACACGGGAAUACAAUAGUAAAUCGGGUUCCAGUUCAUCAGGACAAUCAACAAGGACUAAUUUCACUGGAUACACAACAAAUUUUGACUCAAUGUAUAAUAACCACAACGAUCCCACUCAACAGGCCACUACUUCGAAAAGAAGUUCCAUAUCAACACAGCCGCGAUUACCCAGUGGCCAAUUUGCAAGAGUUUAUCCUCAGAAACGCGAACAAUCCGAAAGCAAGCCAGUUCCAAACACGGCCGUGCCUUAUCUUUCUCACGACCACCAGUAUCAGAAGCCAAUGCCCAAUAAUUAUAAUGGAUACUCCCCUCAGCGAUCAAUGCAUUCCCACUAUCAGCAGAACUUCAGCUAUCAACAGGGCUAUUCAAAUAAUCAGAUGAUGAACCAACAACAACAAGGCUACAAUAGUCCUAGUCCAAAUGCUUAUCACAGUCCUCAACAUACGGGUAUGCAGAGUCCUCAUCCUAUGAGCCCUAAUGUGCCCCCAGGAUUUCAAAGUCCCACAUAUUCUAAUCAAGUUGGGUAUCAUAGCCCCGGACAUGCAAUUAUGAGUCCACAAAGUUCCUACACAGGUAGGCAGGACUAUCAUUAUCCUAGUCAAACUGAUAGACAACAUAUUUAUGCUACUCAACAGCAGCAGCAGCAACAGCAACAACAACAACAACACAAUCCUGCCGUUUUCCAAAGCCCUCCACAUCAGCCACAAUAUCAAAAUAACCAAUAUUACCAAAGGCCUAGUCAAGCGGCUGCUUCAUCAAACCAGGGUUAUAAUCAACAAAAUUACCCUAAUAUGCAUAAUCAAUAUAGCAAUGCUAAUGUCUAUCCUAAUGUUAAUAACCAUCCUAAUAAUCAAAGUUAUAAUGCCAUACAAAGCCCUUAUAGGCAGCCAGCUAAAUCAGUUCCCGAAAAUAGUUCAAGCGCAUAUGGCGCGCAAAAUAAUCAGCCAUUUCAAAUAUACCAAAGUCCUCAACAGUCUCAGAACAGUUUCCGCAACGCUGCUGUUCAUAGUACUAACACACCUUCAGAAACAUUAGAAAGUCAUGUAAAACAGGAAUCACAUGCGCAUAUGAAAUCUCAAGAAUCUGUGUCUCCCAACGACCAAAGUAUUACUAAAUUAACUCAACAAACUAAAAAUGCACCUCAUAAAAGCCCUACUUCAGCAUUGCGUCACAUCAGACACGACCAGCCUAAUACGAAACCGAGUCAGAAUUCGGCAGAUGUUGGAUUUUCAAACCAGUUCCUUAACUUCAUUUCUAACAGAAAUGAACCAAAAGACAAUGCGAACACUCCCAAAUUCACAAACAGUCCAAGUAUUUCCCAAAAGAUGCACAAAAAUCUCUACGUAUCAAGUCCAGAGCAGGCUCAGAUACCGCCAUCUUCAGGCCUCUCUGAUUCUGAUAGUAAAGAUGGAAUGACGGCUCAAACUAUAACACCAAUCCAGUCCGCUAAAGUUACGCAUAGUAUUCCCGAAAAGCACAAAGAUAUAUCUAAAAGGCAACUGGACUUUGAACAUCGAGUUGAUUUACAAUCUGAAGAUAGCAGGGACUCGGUUAGUAAGGAGAGUAGAAUCUCAUCAGUGUAUUCGAGACAGUCGGACUUCCAAUCUGAUGGCUAUGGUAUGGAUGUAGAUAGUGAGAAUUCUAUGGAAUGUGGUGCUUUCAAAUCGACACAUUCUAUCUCUUUGAUAGAAACAAGUGAUAUACCCAGACCAGCAGAUAUUGAAUUCCCUAAAGUGAUAGAUCCAUUUAAUAAGAAGAUAAUUUCGUCUCUAUUGGAAUAUGUUAAAUUCCCUAAUAAAACACAUGCUGACGGCUACAUAGAAGUGAGAUCUGUACCGAAAUUGCAACCAGCGACUAUGAUAAGCAUCGGAAAUAACAAAUUUUCUAUUGAGAAGCAACUCGGCAAAGGGAAUUAUGGUGCAGUAUUUCUAUGUCUUGAUAUUCAUACGAAUAAAUCUGUGGCGGUUAAGUAUCAAAAACCUAGCCGACCGUGGGAGUUCUACAUUUGUCAGGAAAUAAAGGCGAGAAUAAAAGAUCCGUUCAUGCUCCCAGGGUACAUGGACAUAACUACUGCUUUCAUAGGAGACAAUGCCAGUUUAUUUGUAUCAGAAUAUUCUAAAUAUGGAUCUUUACUAGAUGUUGCUAAUAAAGUUAGAAUUGCUACCUCAAAAUGUAUAAACGAGUUUAUAGUUAUCCUGUUGACAUCUGAAAUGCUGUCCAUUGUUCAUUAUCUUCACAAAGCUCAAAUAAUCCAUGCAGACAUCAAACCUGACAACUUUUUACUUAUGAAAAUACCAACUCAAGAAUGGCGGACUCCGUCUUUGCAGCUAAUCGAUCUGGGAUGCGCUAUUGAUAUGUCAUUAUUUCCAGAAGAGACUACUUUUAGAGAGUUGAUUGCUACAGAAGGUUUCACAUGCACGGAAAUGAGGGAAGGAAAGCCAUGGACAUACCAAACUGAUUUGUACUGUCUAGCGGGGACUAUUCACGUUAUAUUAAUGGGCAGCUACAUGAAGGUGGCAAAUCGCUUAGGCCAAUGGAAUAUAGACAAGAAAUUACCCAGGUACAUGAAGGUAUCUUUAUGGGACAAGAUAUUCACUACACUGCUGAACGUCCCAGAUUGCAACAAUUUGCCAGACAUCAUGGAUCUCAAAAACGAUGUAGAUAGUGUAUUGAAUGAAAUCGAUAACCUCGGCUCUCAACUACGUAACUUUGCUAAUGUGCUUAAAUCUAGGUAAAUCACGUAAAUGACCUUAAUGUAUUUAUUGCAUUUAGUUAUAAUGGCGAAUGUAAAAUAGACAUAUAAUUAUGUAUUAUUAAAUAUAGAAAUACAAAUUAUUUCUAAGACUAAUAAACUAUAAUAGAACCCUUCGCCAGGUUAAUUAGACAUUGCCCUUUGGAUUGAAUAAAAGCAAUAAGUAUUAUAAUAUCAGAAUCUACUACUUAGCUAUAUGAACGUGUCUUGUUGUUUUUUAGUUAAAAUGUGAUAUUUGUGAUUUUUAGUUUGUUUUGUUUAGUAUAAUGGAACAUAAAAAAAAACUUGGCUUGGACUUUUUACUUGUUAGCUUAUUAUUGAAACAUCAACUACGUUUCAUUUAUUUUUAUACUGAUAGAAUCCAUCACUUCAUCGUUUGAAUUGUAAUAAUGUAAUAAAGAAUUACCUGGU